AUGCGCCGGCCUCCGGCCUCCAGCCUCCAGCCUUCAGCCUCCGCGCCCAGGCCCCCGCUGCCUCAACCCGGGAAUUCUUCACCUGCUGGGCUGACUUCAAGGACCGACUUCAAAGACGUGAACUGCUGACCUCAUCCCAACAUCAGAACCUCGGCCCACUGUCCUAUUUCUCCCACCACUCUGGGGUGGCGGAGGAGACCCGGGUUGCCCACGGAAUCGAUGGCUCUGGUGGACAUUCACUGUGACGCUCGCUUCGAAAAGUUUCGGCUGGCAGCCCCCUGAGCCCCACCGCCAUCCAUCGUCCAUGGGCCCGGAUGAUACCCGGUGGAAGGUGCGGCUCCAAACAGUCCCCCUCCUUCUGCAGCAAGAAUAAAAUUUGGGUCUUGGCUUGUGACUCCACCUUCCGAAAAAAUGGUAUGCGAAGGAAAGCGGUCAGCCUCCUGCCCCUGUUUCUUCCUAUUAACCGCCAAGUUCUAUUGGAUUCUCACGAUGAUGCAAAGAACUCACGGUCAGGAAUAUGCCCAUUCCAUUCGGGUGGAUGGGGAUGUCAUUUUGGGAGGACUAUUCCCUGUCCAUGCCAAAGGAGAGAGAGGGGUGCCUUGUGGGGAGCUGAAAAAGGAGAAGGGGAUCCACAGACUGGAAGCCAUGCUGUAUGCAAUAGAUCAGAUCAAUAAGGAUCCCGAUCUUCUUGCCAAUAUCACCCUGGGUGUUCGCAUCCUGGACACUUGCUCCAGGGACACUUACGCUCUGGAGCAGUCCUUAACGUUUGUGCAAGCUUUGAUAGAGAAAGACGCUUCGGAUGUGAAGUGUGCCAAUGGAGACCCACCGAUUUUCACUAAGCCAGACAAGAUAUCAGGCGUGAUAGGGGCGGCGGCAAGUUCUGUGUCCAUCAUGGUGGCUAAUAUUUUAAGACUCUUUAAGAUACCUCAAGUCAGCUAUGCAUCUACAGCUCCAGAGUUAAGUGAUAACACCAGAUAUGACUUUUUCUCUCGAGUGGUUCCUCCUGACUCUUACCAAGCUCAAGCCAUGGUUGAUAUCGUGACAGCUCUUGGAUGGAACUAUGUAUCCACACUGGCUUCAGAAGGAAACUAUGGAGAGAGUGGUGUAGAAGCAUUUACCCAGAUCUCCAGGGAAAUUGGUGGUGUUUGUAUUGCUCAAUCCUUAAAAAUCCCACGUGAACCCAGGCCUGGAGAAUUUGACAAAAUCAUCAAACGCUUGCUGGAAUUUCCUAAUGCCAGAGCAGUGAUCAUGUUUGCCAAUGAGGAUGACAUUAGACGGAUAUUGGAAGCAGCCAAAAAGAUGAAUCAAACAGGCCAUUUUCUCUGGAUAGGUUCAGAUAGUUGGGGUUCAAAAAUUUCACCCGUUUAUCAACAAGAAGAGAUUGCUGAAGGGGCUGUUACUAUUCUCCCUAAAAGAGCUUCAAUUGAUGGAUUUGAUCGAUACUUUAGAAGUCGUACUCUUGCCAACAACCGAAGAAAUGUGUGGUUUGCAGAAUUCUGGGAGGAGAAUUUUGGAUGCAAAUUAGGAUCACAUGGGAAAAGAAACAGUCAUAUCAAGAAAUGCACAGGUCUGGAGAGGAUUGCUCGGGAUUCAUCCUAUGAGCAAGAAGGAAAAGUCCAGUUUGUAAUUGAUGCAGUUUAUUCCAUGGCUUAUGCACUGCACAAUAUGCACAAAGAUCUCUGCCCGGGAUAUAUCGGCCUCUGUCCAAGAAUGAGCACGAUUGAUGGUAAAGAGCUACUUAGUUACAUUCGGGCUGUAAACUUUAAUGGCAGCGCUGGGACACCAGUCAUUUUCAAUGAGAACGGUGAUGCACCUGGACGUUAUGACAUUUUCCAGUAUCAAAUGACCAACAAAAGUACAGAAUAUAAAAUCAUUGGUCACUGGACUAACCAGCUUCAUCUAAAUGUAGAAAACAUGCAGUGGGCGAAUCGAGAACACACUCACCCAGCUUCGGUGUGCAGCGUGCCAUGCAAGCCGGGGGAGAGGAAGAAAACGGUCAAGGGUACUCCGUGUUGCUGGCACUGUGAGCGCUGUGAAGGCUACCAUUUCCAGGUGGACGAGCUAUCCUGCGAGCUUUGCCCACUGGACCAGAGGCCCAACAUCAACCGCACAGGCUGCCAACUGAUCCCCAUCAUCAAGCUGGAGUGGCACUCCCCCUGGGCUGUGGUGCCCGUGUUCCUAGCGAUCCUUGGGAUCGUCGCCACCACCUUCGUCAUCGUGACCUUCGUCCGCUACAAUGACACCCCGAUUGUGAGGGCGUCUGGGCGGGAGCUGAGCUAUGUGCUCCUGACUGGGAUUUUCCUCUGCUACUCCAUCACCUUCUUGAUGAUUGCCGCACCGGACACGGUCGUCUGCUCCUUCCGACGGAUCUUUCUGGGGCUCGGCAUGUGUUUCAGCUAUGCGGCCCUGCUGACCAAAACCAACAGGAUCCACAGAAUAUUUGAACAGGGCAAGAAGUCAGUCACUGCCCCGAAGUUCAUCAGCCCCGCCUCUCAGUUGGUAAUCACCUUCAGCCUCAUAUCCCUGCAGCUCCUCGGAGUUUUUAUCUGGUUUGCCGUGGACCCACCUCAUAUCAUCAUUGAUUAUGGAGAACAAAGGACACUGGAUCCCGAAAAUGCCAGGGGAGUGCUCAAGUGUGACAUUUCUGACCUUUCUCUCAUUUGUUCCCUGGGAUACAGUAUUCUCUUGAUGGUCACGUGCACUGUUUAUGCUAUUAAGACAAGGGGGGUCCCAGAGACCUUCAAUGAAGCCAAACCUAUUGGAUUUACUAUGUACACCACCUGCAUAAUUUGGUUAGCUUUUAUUCCCAUCUUUUUUGGUACAGCACAAUCAGCUGAAAAGAUGUACAUCCAGACAACUACACUGACUGUGUCUAUGAGUUUAAGUGCUUCUGUGUCUCUGGGCAUGCUCUACAUGCCCAAAGUUUAUAUUAUAAUUUUUCACCCAGAGCAAAACGUUCAAAAGCGAAAAAGGAGCUUCAAGGCUGUUGUGACUGCUGCCACGAUGCAGAGCAAACUGAUCCAGAAAGGAAAUGACAGGCCGAAUGGCGAGGUCAAAAGCGAACUCUGUGAGAGUCUUGAAACCAACACAUCCUCUACCAAGACAACUUACGUCAGCUACAACAAUCAGUCAAACUGAAAAGACAAAUGAAAUGAGUCUGAAGAGCUGGGGUAUGUGCUCUUAACACCCAAUAGAACAACAUCAAAAAUCAUUCUUGGAGAGCUUGAUAGACUACAAUCAAAUGAAUAGUCAGUCUCGCAAUGAACAAAGAUUAUCCAUGAGCCAAAAGUAUCAGUAAUGGGGAGGGAGGAGGUCCAUCUCUAAAAUAUGACAUACAAGUUUCAAGCUUAAAAAUUGCUUAUUCAUGAGAAGUAAAAAAAAAAAUCACAAAAGGAAAACCUAAUGUUAGCUUGUGAAAAAAAAAUGCUGUUGAAAUAAAACCAUGUCUGA